AUGGACAGACAGGCUGGGCAGGUUGCGGCCGUCUUUGGACUGUUGGCGUAUGGAAUUGCCGAGACCGGGAGAGAUCUUCCAUCUUAUGCCGUGGUGGAGGUAAAAAUCAGUGAAAGACGCUGGAUCGGUAACUGCGGCCGAGUCCGUGACAGAACCGGAUUAGUGAACGAGGUGGCAGAGGCAGAAUCCGAAUUUACAGGGGCCGACAAGGAGGAGCUCACAGGCUCGGUCACGCUGGGAGACGAGAUGGAAUUAAUUCCGAAGGCAAAGCUGGUGCUGGUUCACGUGUAG